AUGCCCAUCAAGCGCACUCACCGCAAAUCGCGGUACGGAUGUGACCAAUGCCGAAAGAGGCGCGUAAAAUGCGAUGAAAAAGCGCCCCGAUGCACGAAUUGCGUCAGGCGAGAGGAAGACUGUGCCUUCUCGCGCAAGCCGAUACAAAGUCUUCAAGAUAUAGCGCAAGUCUCUCCUAAUGGGGUACAACUAGAGGCAUCCAGUCUAUCCUCACCCGGAUUCCCGAGCCUGGAAGAGACAAACGCCGGGCUGUCUGAGGUGGCACUCAUGCAUCACUGGUGCACACGAACAUGUCACAGUUUCACCCCAAGAGGAGCCGAUCUUUUUCGGGAAAAUGUUGGCAAAGAAGCGCUGAGACAUGAGUAUCUUAUGGAAUCCCUGCUGGCAUUGACGUUGCUUCACAUGGCAAUUGAGACGGAAGACCCAGCGGCCGCCCAACCGCUGGUGAGCGCCGCACUGCGACAUCAGAACCGAAGUCUUUUAGGUCUGGGAGAGGCUCUCAAAAGUAUCUCUCCAUCUAACUGUGACUCGAUCUUCGCAUGCGGUCUUCUGAUCAUGCCUUGUGCGGUGGUUUCUUCUCUUUUGUCAACCAGUCAACUGGAUCAACCGAAGCCUGCAGCAGAAUCAAUUAUACCACUUGUUGGAUACAUGAACGGCAUUUCGCAUAUUGUCCAGACUAGUCGUAAAUGGAUCCUAGACGGUCCAUUGUCGCUAAUGUUCUGCAUUGUCGAGCCAGAGCCCCCCCUGAUUCAUGAUGAAUGGCCGCAUGCGAGAGAGCUGCGCUCGUUAUUGGACGCGACUGUGGAUCCUGAGAGCCAUAAGCAUUCUACAUUAGAAGAAGCCAUACAUGGACUGGGGCAGGUUUACAGGAGGCAUCACUGCGCAGUCAUGUGGAUCGUUCGAGUCUCUUCAGGGUUCUUAGACGAGAUACGAAAUGGCGACCCGUUAGCAUUGGCCAUCCUCAUGCACUGGGGUGUCUUAUUAUACACAAUGGACGACAUGUGGUGGAAAAGAUACUCGGGGGUGAGACUUGUUGAAGAAGUCUCUAAUGCGCUGGAUGACCGUGGGGAAGAAUGGGAAGGAAUGACGAGGAGGUGCAGGGAGCAAGUGUCAUUGUAA